CAUCGAAUUUCCAAGAAUAUUUUUCCGUCUAAGAAGCUUUACAAGGUUCAGUCUUGUGAGAUUCGCGCCUGAAUUCCGAGAUUUCCAUCAAUGGGUACACCAAAAUACUCUUGGUAGCCUCCAUACUUCUCUGUGUCCUUCUUAUUCACCCCCUCCCUUCUCGGUCCGCCGAAUUACUGGGCUACUGGUCCCUAUCCUCUCCUCGCCUCUCCUUCGGGAGGCGGUGUUAUUCUGCUCUCCUCCUUGCGCAUGCCACGUCAUCCGCCAACCAUGGCAGGAUCAAGUAUAAUGGCGCAGUGAGCAAAUAAGACAGGGGAGUUACGCUACUUCUGUGAAAUUUCGGCUUCCAUGCGAUGAAGAGGGGCAAUCAGAAAGCCAAGUCCAAGACAGAUGGUUUGGAAGAGGAAGAAAUCCUUGCUAGAACUCAUUCUCAGGAAGUGAGGCUACUGGAGGAUCAUUACGCUAUUUGCCGCCGAGUGUGCAAUGCGCCUGAUGAUCGCCCACGGAAGACAGUGCGAGUUAAUCCAAGAGCGGUAGUCAUUAAUGACAUCCCUGUUCGUUCAUUGGAACAGCGUAACGAACCGCGGCGAUCCAUUUUGAAAAGUGCGACGAUGGAGGAACAAAGGAAUGCUUUUAAGCAUUCCAGAGAAGACCCGCGGACUGCUGCAAGACGUCUUCGAUCUGUGUAUCUACGUGACGCUGCGACACAAAUGACUCCGCCGCAUUCGUUGAUGACGCUGCGAACGGAUGUGUCCAAUUAUCCCGCUGAUGAAACUCGAACGAAGUUCUCUGGGGAAGAUGAUGAAACCACAGCAGCGGAUGUUGAGACUUUGACGUGUGAGUCGACCCGGUUGCGGAUCUCGCCGACUCGAAGAUCCUGGCUAUGUCCACCUUCGACAUCGAGUUCAGCGUCGACCGUCCCUAUGAGCUCUAUCACACAGUCGAAUGCGAGGCCUCGGACUAGUUCUGAGAGUGACACCAAUACGAAGCAGAAAACUGUAGGUUUUGGAAGCUCCGUUGCGGAAAUGCAAGUGCCAGAUAAGACAGCUGUACCUGCGGUUGCGAGCUCUGUGCUAAAUGCAUUUGCUUCGUCCAAUGCUCGAUUCCAAGCUCCCACGACUCCUGUGGCACAAGGCUUCCAUUCGGGCGCUGCCGGUGUAAAUUAUAAUCAGCUGAUCUCUAGUGCUGCCACUGCGGCUGCUGUGCAUCGUUUGACUCAGCAGCAAUUGCAACAGGACAUGCUUCAGCAACCGGGUAGAGCCAACUGCAAAGAUAUCCUUCAGUCAUUUUUCCAGAAGAAUUGGGCGUCGAAUGCGAAGCCGGAGAAAUUAGCGGGAUUCCCGAAUGUGUCUGCCACGAACGAAGUUGCGACGAAUGCCCAGGGAGACUUUUCUCAAAGCGUGUCCGAAAAUACGAGCAAAGAUAUCUCGAACAUGUCGAGUAAAAGCUCGAAAACCCUCGACUGGUGUGUGUCGGAAAUGUCUUCGAGAAACAAGACGAAACUGGAAUUCCCACUGCUCGGAGAGGGGCAGCAGUGGGGAAAUCCGAGGCUAACUUGUUGCGGGAACAGUUCUUCCUUUUUGGUCCCGAAGCGCACGAGAAGUAGGCAGAAGACUGUGGAAAUUCCGAACGAAGAAACUAAGAUGAAACCAACCACUGAAGAACUUAUGAACGCUAUUGUGAGUGCGCAACGAGCGAGUGACAUUCUUGGCAGAGCUGGAAUUGACGUCUCCUCGUGCGACUGGAAUUGGCUUCAGAAUAUCCCUUCUACAUUGAAGGAUGAGGAAAAACUCGUCAAGUUACUUCUGGAUUUCAAAAACGCAAAAGACGAUGCCUUAAGUCAAGCUGUUGCGUCUGAAAAGAAGCACGACAAUUCGUGUAGCUCGAAACACUCAGCUACUCAAUGGGCUGCUCAAUCACCUCAAGCAGUUCUCAACAGCGCCCGAGAUGAGCCAAACCAGACACAAAGUGCGGACUCCUUGCUGACUCUGUUCCCUGCUCAAAACCACCGCGAAAGUUCGCAGUUCUCGCAGAAACCUGUUCAUCAGACGAAUCAGUCGAGAUCCGUCGAUCCGACAAACUUGUAUUUCGCGAAUUUACCCAAAAAUGUACGGGAUUGUGACUUGAUUCGUCUAGUCGAAGAAUUUGGUCCUGUAGUCUCCGCAAAGCUGAUGGAAAAUCCUGCAUUGAAAGUCAAGGGAGUGGGCUUUGUGAGGAUGAAGUUUCAACAAGAUUGCGAUAGAGUAAUCAAGGCUUUCAAUGGGAAAACCUUCCCUGGGACUAAGAAGAUUUUGUCCGUGAAAUUGGCAUGGAAAUCAAAGGAUACCGACAACGCGAGCGUGUCAAGCUUGUACACACCAAUGGACUACAACAUGCAGCAUUAUAAGUCAUUUUUCGGCUCGCAACCGUAUCCCAAUAAUGGUGCCGGCGAUCCUCGCAUGGGGCCGUGGUCUCUCAGCGAUGUCUAUCAACCCCACGGUGUCCCGAGAACGUAUCCCUUUUACGCAUCGGGAAUGUCCAACUCUGUGGGAUCCGCGGGUGUUUGGGUUCCCGCGAAAGAUCAAGCCGAGUAUCUUCAGUGGUCGCCGGGUUCUGCGUAUGUUCCGAAUUACAAUCCCGCGCAGCAGAAUAUUGAGUAUGCCGUGUUACCCGGAGCUGAUGUUGGCGAUGGAUCAUGGGGUCUUUGGGGUAUGGAACCUAACUAUCACGCGGAACAGGGAUAUUUUUCUUCGCAAGGAGUUCCUCAAAACGUUCCUAGAGAGCAAUCAGACUUUGAUCCUGCUGUGUAUCAGAGUCAGAGUGGAUUUCCUGCAGGCUUUCCCCAUCAUGCUUAUUAUCCUUUGUCCGCCUCCGCGGGAUAUUUCGGAUUGAAACCUCCUGUAUCUUCGACUAACUUUUCUGGUAAUCCAGGCGGUAAUGCAUUCUAUCAAACUGCGAAGCUUCAAAAACCGUUCAUGUAUGCGAAUGGGAUGUACAACGGUAGACCCAGUGAAAGCUAUUUUCGUUUGAGAGAAAGAGACGAAAAUUUACGCGAGGCGCUUCAGAUCAAGCAGGACAGCUCAGACAAUUGUGACACCUACGCGAUGGACGUGUCUGAAAAUGACGUUGAUAAGACUGUCGGGAAGCAAGCAAGUAAUGACAAAAUGAAGUUUGUGUCUGCUCAAGCCGAUAAGCAUGUUGAUGGAGGUCCCGCUGCACGUAGUCCUCAUACGAUUUCUAUGAAAAAACCCGGGGUUCAUUCUCAGUUGGAUUCAACUUGGAGAAGUAGUGGAGAUGGGCCUCGAAGACAAGGCCCGGGACUUGAAAAGCAAGAAAGCAAUUAUCCUCAAAUGAGUGCUGCUGCCGCGAACAAUAGUGAAACUAGUCAAAAAUCGUUUUCAAGCACGCGAAACCACAGCGGAGAUUUGUGUCCCUCCACUACAACAAUGCCUGAAUCGGAUUCCAGCAGAAUUCAGGACAAACCAGGGCUGCUACAGGAAGUCAAUCAGCGGUUCCUGCAAGAGAGCGAUGAAAAGGCGCAAGGUGAUGUUUUGAGGAAUUUGAAUAAAACUCAUCGCCGAGAUGGAAGCGAUGGUGGUGCCGCAGCAGGAACUUUGACCGCUGCGUAG